AACAUUUCUCAAGGCUGGAUGGAGAAGUUUGGAAAGCGUCAUUGUAUCAAAAUGGAUCGAAUUUAUGGUGAGGCUGGUUCAACAGACAUAGAGUUGCUUCAGAUUGACAAGACUGCUAUCAAAGAGAAGAUAGAGAGUUAUAGUGCUUGUAACAUCUAUAACUUUAAUGAAGCCGCACUUUUCUAUGCCAUCUCACCAAGAACAACUAUUUCCCACCAGAAAUUUUCUGGUUGGAAGGAAAAUAAAAAGCAGCUUACAGUAGACUUUUUAUGCAAUGCCAAUGGAACAGACAAGUAG